UCCCUUUUGGCCCCCGCGACUCGCCGUCGCCCGUGAGGAGGCGUUCGCUAGUUGAAGUGAUGGCGACUGGAACGCCAGAUUCUCAAGCACGGUUUGGUCAGUCCGUGAAGGGGCUUCUCACGGAGAAGGUGAACACCUGUGGUACUGACGUGAUCGCGCUCACCAAGCAGGUGCUGAAGGGCUCCCGGAGCUCCGAGCUGCUAGGUCAGGCAGCUCGAAACAUGGUACUACAGGAAGAUGCCAUCUUGCACUCAGAAGAUAGUUUAAGGAAAAUGGCAAUAAUAACAACACAUCUUCAGUACCAGCAAGAAGCUAUUCAGAAGAAUGUUGAACAAUCAUCAGAUCUACAAGACCAGUUGAAUCAUCUGUUGAAAUAAAAUGGUAUAUAAGAGCACAAUAGCACUUCUUUGCCUAAUGCUGAGGAGGAAAUAUCUUACACAACCAUAAUGCUCUGGGUUUAGUUUUCUGUUUUCUUCUCCAAAAGUUAAGUUAUUGAAGAUUUGUGUUGAUGUACGAUUUCUCCUGAAAAGAAGCUAGGUGGGGGCUGAAGUUUGGAAACAGUCCUUGAAUUGGAGUAACCUAUCCUCUUACUGAAUUUUUUA